AUGAAGGAUGGCAGUCAAACCCAGCAGGAAACUGACACCCAGAUAGUGAACAUCCUUCACCCUAAAGAAGUAUGUAGAGUUGGUUGCUGGAAUGUCCGCACCCUCUACCAGACAGGAAAAUUGGCCCAAGUCUUAAAAGAAAUGGACAGGUACGACAUCCAAAUGCUAGGUAUAUGUGAAACUAGACGGACAGGAAACGGGACUCGCAAACUUGCCACUGGUCAUCAGAUACUGUACUUGGGAAGAAGCGACGAACAGCACAGCAGUGAUGUAGGCUUAAUACUCAAUAGGAAGCUAGGAAAGUGCAUGUUAGGUUGGAACCCAUACAACGACAGACUUCUUUCUACACGAUUCCAUUCAAAAUUUGCUAAACUGACAGUUAUAGUCUGCUACUCGCCUACAGAAGACAAAGAAGAAGAAAAGAAUUCUUUCUAUGAAGAACUGCAGAGAGCUGUGGAGGAAACACCAGUUCAUGAUGUACUCAUCAUACGUGGUGAUCUGAAUGCGAAAAUUGGAACCAACAAUGAAGGAAAAGAAUCCAUUAUGGGAAAACAUGGAUGUGAUGUGAUUAACAACAAUGGUAGUAGACUAGUAGAUUUCUGCCUAGAAAAUAAGCUAUUGGAGGCACCAUCUUCCAGCACAAAAACAUCCAUAAACAAACAUGGACUUCACCAGAUGGUCACACACAAAAUCAAAUUGACCAUGUACAGAUUAAUAAAAGGAGGAGAGCUGGAGGUUAAAAACCGAUUUACCAUCCUAAAAGAUGAACAAGAACUCAGUAUUGAACAAUUUAACACCGCACUUGUUGAAGCAGGAAAGAAAACACUGGGCUUGAAAAAGAAGAAGAAGGAAGAAUUGAUAUCAUCUAAGACCUGGGAAAUGGUGGAACUAAGAUGCAAAACAAAGAAGAAAAUACUAACAGCCAAGUCAGCUAGGCUAUAA